AUGACCCAGCCCAAACUGCUGCAGCUGUUGACGGACAAGGGCCUGAAGUACAAUGGGUCCAAUGUCAACCGCAGAAUGAUGCUUGCGGCACAGUCGCUGGCCGGGUACAUGGCACAGAACCCUGCUCUUGAGCGAGUCCUGGUGUCAGUCCAGAUGGAGUUUGGCCGCGACGUUUGGUCGAGCGGGUACAACAAGAUCGGCAGGGUCAUGCAGAUCGUGUCGAAAGCAACUGCACUCUGGAACAACCCGGACCUCAGUGUCGAGUUUGUCCUGGAGUUUGUGUUGCAGUACAGCCUUGGCAUGUUGCGGCGCGGCACUGUGCAGCCCAAGUUUUUCUCUUCGACGGCCAUUGAGAAUGGAGAGGGUGGUGGGUGGACCAUUGCCACCUGUGUCAAGGCCUACUUGGCGAGCUACAUCAUGAAGAUUGCCACGACUGCGGCUGAGAAAGAGGCCGCCAUGCUCGGCCGUGCCACCGGGCCCACACCGAAGAAGGACACCAAGGAAGCAAUCGAGAAGGUCUGGCUGCCGUUGCUUUUCCACAAGAAUUGCCCCCCGAGCCAGGAAGACCAGUGUGAAGGCGUGGCAGACUUGGAAGAAGCGGAAGACUCAGUGACGACAGAGGUCCUGCCCGAGCACACGGACACAGUGUCAGAAGACAGCCUGGCCGCGAUCACCGCCAGCUUGCCCAAGGCAGGCAAGCAAGCGGUCGAGCUCCUCCACGACCUCUUCGAGGCGGAGCACGAGAACCAGCUCAAGAAGACAGUGUCAGAGUCAGAUCCGGCCAAGUGUUUGCUGGAGAACACAGAGUCAAAGAAUGAGCUGGCCAAGAUCUUUCGCAGCAUGGUGGCUGGGCUUUGUGCUGGCACAGUGUCAAUUGGCUCCGCCGACCCACCAGUGUCAAUUCGGCAGCUGGCGAGACAGCACUCGAACCCAGAAGAGCCGAAGCAUGAGACGACAGUGUCAGAGGAGGAGCGGAAGGAGACGUGGGCUUCGGCCCAAGCCGUGCGGAAGAAGCGGUGUCAGUUGAUUUUGUGGACCGGAAAAUCUCCAGAAUCCCUGAGAACCCUCCUGGACAAGUGUCAGGCCAGCGCCUUCGAGGGGAAGAUCAACGAGAGCCACAGGCUCUGGGUCUUCAGCAGUGACCUGGCGCUGGAGGCGAAGGGGAGUUGGCAGAGAACGCCUGCUUUGGUGCCCGACAGUGUCACGGCAGUGUUUCAAUGCCUGGAGAAGUACCCCAUGAAGGAACACGACAUUGUCCUGUGCUUCGACGGCUGCGCCCCUGACAACAAGAGUGUCUUGAGGCAAGGUUUGGGUGACAGUGCCAAGCUGAACGAGUUCGUCCUUCUUUACUCGUCUCGGCCAAGAGAGGCUCGCCAUCGAAAGAUCUUUUGUGCGGCAGCAAAGGUGGAGGUGGCAGUGAUGAAGCUUCACGUGCCCAAAGUUCGCUUCGCUGUGAAGACACGGACCGACGACUACAUGCCCCCGACAGUGUCAGCCUCAGGGAGCAAGAAGAAUGCGAAGAAACUGACGACACACGAUUUGACCAUGGUGGGCCUCCCCGCAGUGUCAGGCCGGCCGUUGAUGCCAUCCAUGGAGAAGGCAAAGGCCUUUGACUGCGACGAGCCGCCGAAGUUCCGCGGCUCAGCUUGCCCAGUGUUUUGGGCUGAGAGCAAGUCCGCGGAGGUGUGGGAGACACUGCUGGAGGUCCUGAAUAUCGGCAGUGUCAUCGACUUGACCGCUGGCAGUGGUUGCCUGGCAAGCGUCUGCUUGUCAAGCGACAUUGCGUACGUCGGUGUCACCAGGAACCAGGUGCACCACAGCUGGCUGGUCAAUGUCAUGGACAGGGAGUCCUUACGACUCCUGGCAGACAGCAACCUGAAAGAAAAUUGGAAUAUUGUCAAAUUGACAUUGUCAAACUACUGCGACAGUGUCAUCUACGACGAGGACCUCUCCGCCAUGAUCACGAAGCAUUUCCAGGAGGUGCUGGCAGAGCUCAACGACGCCGAGCUCCAGGAAGACGAGGAGGAGGACUCUGACGCUGAAGCUUCCUAG